AAAACAGUGGACAUUACCGAUCUUUAUAACUUUCAAAAAGGAUCUUAUCACGCUCAUAUAUAGAUAGCUUCAUUUUAAAGGAAAAAGAUUGUACAAUGUUUACAUAUAGUAAUUCUCCAUUUAAAUAUUUGUUUCGAUUUAUUUGUAUAUUGGUUUGAUAUUUUAUCUGUACUUUCAAUCUUAUCUUUUACGAUGUUACCAAGUGAGAUAUACAAUUCACAGAAGACGAUUCGAAUGAUACCUGUUGGUAACAAACUGAAAUCGUGAGUAUAACUUAACAGGUAACUAGAGACCUUAGUCUCUGUAGGUAACAUACCAACUGCGUUAUCUGGAAGAUGUUUUACGCUUCGUCAAAGAGGUCGCCACAAUCAGAUAUCAGUGCGCAGAAUUCACAGAAUUAUUAUCCGUCCAAUCGUGUUUGAUCGUGUUAGGAAGCGAUCCAAAAGUUUGAACUGCUUCAAUGUUUCAAUUUAACUUAUUUUGAUAUAUCUUCGUUUAAAGUUCAUGUCACUGUUGCACAGAAGAAAAUAUAGAUAUUUAGAUAUCAGAGAAUAAGUGCAGAUAAUGGAUAAUUCGACCAUAAAGAGUUUAAAAGCAGCUUUUGGUUCUGAUUUUCAACGAUAUUGUACACGUCAUAAUAUAGUAGUGAAACAAGAUAAAUGCAGUGCUUUUAUGGUACCCAAUACUAGAGUUCUAGAAACAUGCAUCGACGUCCUUGAUGCAUCCUCGUUGAAAAUAGAUAAUCGACUAAAAGAGAUACAGAGUUGUAAAUCGUCCUUACCUGUCUCAGAUGAAGGAAACUUUCUCCAAAAAAGAUUACAUAAUAAAUCUAAGAUUAAUAAAAGAAGGAAAGAAAAGUUUUGCAAAGAAACAACAGAUGUUUCUUCCAUUUUAUCUCAGGCUAAUGUACACCUACAAAUUUACGUGUACGAUACAUCUUCAACUUUACCUAGCCAGACAGUUAAUACAAUUUCCAACGACUAUAUUUUAAAUACUGCCAAGAAUGGAAAAGAAAUAUAUGAAUUCAUUAUACAAAAAACAAUGAGAGACAUUAUCGUUGUUGACUAUGAAAGUUCCAUCUCAUCUAUUUCUUUCCUCUUAGAACAGUUUCAGAAACAGCAUAAAAAAUUUAAUUAUUCUGCUGUUUUGAAUCACUUAACCCAAAAACAAAAAGUUGAAGAAACAUUAAAAUGUAAUUAUGAAGUCAGCGUAAAACAUUUAAAGUCAUUCUUUGAUCUUAUACUUGCUAAAGUAGUUCCAUUUAAUGUAUUUGGAAAGUUAAGGAAUCAUAAAAAAAUUAAGAAAGGGAUGUCUCAACUUUUGAAUAUACCAAGAUUUAAAUCCUUUAAUUUGAGACCAGUUAUUGAAAAAUUAGAUAUCUCUAGCAUUACAUGGUUAAAAAAUAUACAAAGCACAGAGACACAAUUGCUUGUUAUAGCGAAAUUUGUUAAGUGGUUUUUUACUGGAUUUUUGAUUAAAAUAUUACGUACUCAGUGUCAUGUAACUACAUCCACUACAAGAAAUAAUGAAAGAGUAUAUAUUAUACGUUCAACUUGGUGCAAUGUUCAAAAACACUUUAUUAAAAAAAGAAUACAUAGAAAUUUUUUACAACCUGAUAUUGAAUGUAAUGAAUGGCGACCGCCGAUAGGUGUUUAUAAAUUAUGCCCCAAGUAUUCUAAUGUACGACCUAUACUUGUAUCAGAACACAAAGCAGAUGACAAAGAUAAUUUAAAUAUAAUUUUCAAGUUCCUCAAGCAAUUGACUAUCACAGAAUAUGGAUUAACCGAUUUUAAAGAGAAAUGGAAAUCAAUUAUUCGAUACAAAAAUAAUUCGAAGACUGGAAAAUUUUACUUCGUGUCUAGUGAUGUAGUGGAUGCAUUUGGUUCUAUAAUACAGAGUCACUUGUAUGAUGUCAUACAAUUACUUUGUGAAAAGCUUCCCGAGGAUUUAGAACUCAAAUUAUAUGCAAUUAAAAUUAAAAAGUACCCACAGAAUACUAUAUGUUACAAACAAUAUUUUUCUGAUUCUCAUUUACAAUUACCUUUGGCAUCUGGUAGUUUAUAUACAUGUAUAAAUAAUGACAACCCUCGGUUGAUAAAAAAAAAAUGGUUGCUAGAUAAAAUUUGGAAAUAUAUAUUUUAUCAAAGGGUUAAGAUACGUAAAAAGACUUAUAUUGUAGGAAAAGGAGUUUGCCAAGGUACAAUGUUAUCGCCUAUUUUUGCAGACAUAUAUUAUAAUUUUAUUGUGUAUAAACACUUGAAAAUAUUUCUGGAAUGUGGAAAAAUGAUAAGAUACGUGGAUGAUAUUUUAUACGCAUCUAACAAUGAAAUUCUUGCAAAAAAAUUUUUACAAAUAACGAAGAAGGGUAUACCACGAUAUAAUUGCCGCUUCAAAGAAUUGAAAACUCAGAGUAAUAUUUAUAGUCAUACAAAUACAAGUACAAACAGCAUUACUUAUAUUGGUUACAAAAUUAAUUGUAACACUUUAGAGAUAGAGCCCACAUAUCUCGAUACAGGUGUACGUUACUUAACAUCAUAUUCUUUAAAAGAUGAUUUAACUCCACUGGAACUUUUUAAACGGCGGUUACAUAGUAUGACAGGUUUGAAAUUAUCAACAGUUGUCAUAAACACUACAAUUAACUCCAAAACUACAAUCAUAAAAAUAUUACAAGAGGCGUGUUUAUACCAUGCGAUACGUACUCACAUUUUGAUAAAAGAAUUAUCUAUCGACGUAGAAAGGAAUUUUCAAAAUAUUUUUAAAAUAAUUAAAAGUAAUAACUGUAAAAUAGCAAGAUAUGUGAUAAAAUCUUUAUUAACAUUUGAAGAAGAAAUGAGCAAGUUGGACGUGUACAUGUGGAACGUAGAAGUUAUUCGUAUUUUAUGGAGAUCUUACAAAAAUGUUUUUAAAAAGGACAAGACUUUACGAAAAUAUUUUCAUUGAAAAUGUUUAAAGAGUGCGC